UUAUCUUUGUUUAUAUCAAUAUUGAUCAAUGCUCAUGUCUUGUUGCAGUACCUUCUGUUAAAAGAAAACACCCCACAGCUGAAGAAAAGAAAUAAAUUUGUGAAACAAAAACGAAAGUUUCCUUCUAUUUUGAACUCUGAACUUGCUUUGGAUUAUGGUGUCAAGAAGACAUGCAUAUCUGAUAUUCUCAAACAAUCUGAUAAGUGGUUAAACAUUGAUACAACAAAUAAAAUAAAAGCAAACCGUAAACGCGAUCACCAGCCAAAGUGGCCUAUGUUGGAUAAGGUUAUGCGUGUCUGGACUGAAAGUGCACUCACAGCAAAUAUGGAUCUUACACAAGCAGCCCUUCUUACCAAGGCUAAAACUUUUGCAAUAGCUCUAAAUAUUUCAGAUUUUAAAGGCACUGGUUGGGUUAAUGGAUUUCAGAAAUGGCUUG